AUGCCAAGGCCUGUCUCUCAAUUAAAUACGACAUUUGAUACGCGGGCGACCUGUCGAGAAAAUGAAGAGAAUAAAAGAACGAAGAAUGAUAACGAGCAUCGUGAGGCGGCCAACGAUACUGUGCUGUUAACACUGUCAGCUGAGACAGCCAGAUCGAAGUCCGCCUUGAAGUAUAUCCGCGAAGAUGUUGUAGAAAUACCACGUUUCUAA